AAACAGCCAAUCAGCGGCCGUGUUCUACAUACGGCCACUUGCGUUGGUUUCGGGAAAGGGGCUGAUACUUUCAGGAAGGGUUAGCAAGAACCGAGGAGUAUUGCGUCUCCGCUUAAACAGUCAAACAUCACGAAUUUACGUGGACUUUUCUCAUAUUUCUUUCUUUCUGGAUAUUGUACAUUUUUCUUUGGAGGUUUUGGAAUCAGACAUCCGGGAGGCGAUAUUGAAAAUCCUUUUCGAGAGGAGCGCCAACUUGGCCGAAGCGUCUAAUGUACUAAACGAAACGGAAGUAACUUGCCAGCUGUCUGGCUAAGCUUGCUAGUGUCUGAAUGCCAACUCUGUGGGUGAUGGAGUUGAGCAGGCAACUCUGCGGGAAGAUGAGGAGGUCUAGCAAGAGGGCCCAACUUUCUUCUUCUCCUACUUCCACUUGGGGCCUGGAGAUCCACUUUUACAUACCGGAGAUGAACCAGCUAGAGUACUUCAAAGGAUGCUACACUGCCGAGGAACUCUGUGUGGAUGCUGCCAAGGAAUGCUCAAUCUCUCCUAUGUGCCAUAAUCUAUUUGCCCUGUAUGAUGAGACGACUAGCACAUGGUACCCCCCAAAUUAUGAGUUCAAGAUCACAGAAGAAGCCAGUAUCAAGUUGCACUAUCGCAUGAGGUUUUAUUUCCUAAACUGGCAUGGCACCACUGAAGGGGUGUCUCCAGUCUGGAGACACUGCCUCAGUAAACUCAAAGGGGGCCUUAGCCCACAGAAAACACCGGAGGGGAUGCCCCUGCUGGACGCUGCCUCUCUCAACUAUCUGUUUGCCCAGGGCCAGCAUGACUUUCACACAGGCAUGGUUUCACUGAGGACAUGUCAGUCGGAGGCAGAGCAACACGAGAUAGAAAAUGAGUGUUUGGGCAUGGCUGUGCUUGCUAUCACUCACUACGCCAUGGACAAGGACAUACCCCUGCCCACUGCUUCCCAUGAAAUGAGCUACAAACGUUAUAUCCCCGAGUCACUGAACCACAGCAUUAAGCACCGCAACAUUUUGACACGCAUUCGCAUCAGCAACGUCUUCAAGAAAUUCCUCAGUGAAUUCAAUCACCGUACAGUCAAGGACAGUAACAUCACGCCAUAUGAUCUGAAGAUCAAGUAUCUGGCCACACUCGAGGGCCUGACCAGUGGCCUCGGCAGAGAGCUGCAUGAGCCCAAGUCCCUCAGUGUAACACAGGAAGGGGAGCUCUGCAACGGUGGCUACAAUGGGUACUACACCCAGAGCCAAGGGCAGAGCCAGAGUCAAAACAUGGAGACAAGCCACGACAUGCAAGUUCUGGUUACUGGUACCACUGGUAUUUCCUGGAGGAAGAAGCCUGCUUUUGCAUCUGGGAGUACCAAAGAAAAGGGCAAGUCGAAGAAAAACAAGCUUGAUGGGAAGCAGAAAAAUGACAGAAACAAAGAGGCAAAUGAAGGCUGGGUGGUGUUCUGUGACUUUGAUGAGAUCACACAUGCCGUCGUCAGAGAGGCAAUGGUCACCAUUUUUAGACAGGACAACAAGAGGAUGGUGUUGCAGAUGGAUUCUCGGGCUGAGGCUCUUUCUUUUGCAGCCCUUGUGGAUGGAUAUUUCAGGCUGACAGUGGACGCUCACCACUACCUGUGCAAAGAGGUGGCCCCUGCCUCCGUGGUGCACAACAUCAACAACAGCUGCCACGGAUCCAUCUGUACGGAGUAUGCUGUCCACAAGCUGCGUCAGGAGGGCAACGAGGAGGGCACCUACAUCCUGCGCUGGAGCUGCACUGACUACCAGUACAUCAUCAUCACUGUGGUCUGCACCGAGAUUGACCUGAGGGAGUCUCGUCCUGUGCGUCAGUAUAAGAAUUUCCAGAUGGAGGUGGCUUCUGGUGGGUACCGCCUGUAUGGCACCGAGACAUUUCGGUCCACUCUCAAGGAGCUGCUGGAGCAUCUGGAGGGCCAGAGUCUUCGCACUGACAACCUCCAUUUCCAGCUGCUCCGCUGCUGCCCGCCACAGCCUAGAGAGAUUUCUAACCUGCUUGUGGUCACUAAAGAUAGACCCCCACAGCAGAUAGCCAAGCACGAGAGUCAGCUCAGCUUCCAUCGCAUUCUCAAGGAGGAGAUUGAGCAGGAGGAGCACCUUGGCCUGGGCACAAGAACUAACAUCUACUCAGGCACACUGAAGGUGAAGAGUGAGGAGGACGAAGAUGCAGGUUACACGUCCUUCCAGGAGGUCAAGGUGGUCCUGAAGGUGCUGGGUUCUGGACAGAGGGACAUCUCCUUGGCCUUCUUCGAAACAGCCAGCAUGAUGCGACAAGUGUCCCAUAAACACAUUGUGCUGCUGUAUGGAGUGUGUGUCCGCCAUCUGGAGAAUAUCAUGGUGGAGGAGUUUGUCCAACUAGGACCACUGGACCUUUUCAUGAGGAGACAGCAGAGUCCACUCAGCACGCCAUGGAAGUUCCAGGUGGCCAAGCAGCUGGCCUCAGCUCUCAGCUACUUGGAGGACAAAAGGCUGGUGCAUGGCUUUGUGUGUGCUAAGAACAUUCUGCUUGCCAGAGACGGACUGGACACCGAUGAAGGAGGGCCUUUCAUCAAGCUUAGUGACCCAGGAAUACCAAUCACAGUGCUCACCAGAGAGGAGUGCGUGCAUCGUAUCCCAUGGAUCGCUCCGGAGUGUGUGAAGAACCUGUCCGCCCUGAGCGUUGCAGCUGAUAAGUGGGGCUUUGGUACCACCCUGUGGGAGAUCUGCUAUGAUGGAGAAGAACCCCUGAAAGAGAAGAAACUCACGGAGAAGGAGAGGUUUUAUGAAACAGAGUGCCAGCUGGCCACUCCGGACUGCAGAGAGUUGGCAGAACUGAUGACCCACUGCAUGAACUACGACCCCAAGAAGAGACCUUUCUUCAGAGCUAUCGUCAGAGACAUAGACAUGCUAGAAGAAAAAAACCCAUCUAUUAAACCGCAGCCUACACCAGAAGUGGACCCAACUAUGUUUGAAAAGAGGUUCCUGAAGAAGAUCAGAGACCUGGGAGAGGGCCACUUUGGUAAGGUGGAGCUGUGUCGCUACGAUCCUCGAGGAGACAGAACAGGCGAGCUGGUGGCAGUGAAGUCACUGAAGCCCGAGAACACAGAGGAGCAGAGCAGCAACCUCUCGAGUGAGAUUGACAUCCUGAAGGCGCUCUACCAUGAAAACAUUGUCAAGUACAAGGGCAUUUGUCAGGAGGAAGGUGGUCAGGCCAUUAAACUGAUCAUGGAGUAUCUUCCACUGGGCAGUUUGAAGGAGUAUCUGCCCAGAAACAAAUGCAAGACCAACCUCAGCACUCUGCUCAGCUACUCCAUCCAGAUAUGCAAGGGAAUGGACUAUUUGGGAUCUCGAAAUUACAUCCACAGGGACCUGGCCGCUCGAAAUGUGCUGGUGGAGAAUGAGAGGACAGUGAAGAUUGGUGACUUUGGUCUCACCAAGAGCAUCAAGGACAACGAGGGAUAUUACACUGUUAAGGACGACCAUGACAGCCCUGUUUUCUGGUAUGCUCCAGAGUGUCUGACUCAGUGCAAGUUUUACCUUGCUUCAGACGUGUGGUCCUUUGGGGUGACGAUGUACGAGCUCAUCACCUACUGUGACUCCUCCAAGAGCCCCAUGACGCUCUUCCUAGGUAUGAUCGGUCGAACUCACGGUCAGAUGACUAUCAUCAGGCUGGUGAAGGUACUGCAAGAAGGAAGGAGGCUGCCACGCCCUGAGGGCUGUCCUGAGCCUGUGUACGAGCUGAUGCGCCGGUGCUGGGAGCACUCGCCCGAGAGGAGAAUCACCUUUAAGACCUUGAUCGAGGAGCUGAGCCACAUGGAGCAACAGCUCCAACCGCAAAAUGAUUUUUAAACCUCCAGGAGUUCCAGGCUCUGAGGGUGAAGUUAACUUGUGCACAAAUGGUACAUCUUGAUUUUACUGCGGCAUAGUUGUGAAGGAGCCGCUCGGCUCCUUCACAUUUAAACACCUACCCUUAAGUUUUUUAUUUGAUGCCGUUACUCUGUUUAAGUCUCUGUACAUGAAGCAAUCUCAUAGCUGUAGCCCACGCUAAAUGUGAACCUGUAUCUUCCAAAGGACUUGAGGGUUUGUCUGACACAUUUAACCGCCUGCAUUGUGAGAAAUGUCAAACAUGUGGACUCAGUGCUCAUACACUGUACGUACCCUGAAAGCUUAAAACAUUUUGUGCAUACUGGAGACUGAUAUCCCUGGUUGCAGAUGGAAGCGGAAAUAAGCUAGGAACUGUUGGACGCUCACUUUCACAGUGUGUUGUGGGACGGACACCAAGUGCAAACAACGUGACAGAUGUGGACAGAAGAGAAGGACAGGACACAGGAGUAACGCAGAUACUGAAGAUGCGGUUUUUACUGUUUCCAGGUGUUUGGGAGAGAAGUCACCUGACUGGAGUGUUUCUAGCUGCCGCCGUGAUCCCUGAUCAAGGUUUAGCUCUUGUUCGUGAUGCGCAGACGAAGUCAUUAAAUUAGAGCAACCAUUCAGCCAGCUUCUUCCACUGCGUUGUUUUAGAGUUAAACCUGUUGGCCAGUCGAAAGUAAAUUGGAAACUAUUUUAAUAAUCAUGUAAAUCUUUGUUUUUCUAGGCAAGAUGCUGAACAUUCACUGGUUCUAGUCGCAAUUCUUCUGUUUUCUUUCAUUCUAAAAUGAGCAUCUCUAGGUUUUGGAGUGAUUUUACGUUUGCAAUUUGAAGACAGUAGUUUGAGUUAUAAGGAAGUGACAGACAGAGAAAACAUUGCACCAUCUUUGUACAUAUCCUUCCUCUUGGAACAUUUUGCAGAAACUGUGAGAAAUGCUGCACUAUGCUCAUUCCAGUCUUCAGAUUUGAGGCCCAGUGUUUGAGAUGGUUUGGUUUUACAGUAGGUUCAGAAUCUACUGCACAUGCAACAGUGCAUGUGGAUAAUCAACAGAUUUUUUUUUUUAUUAAAAAAAAAUUCUGAAAUUGAUCUGGAAAAUUGUGCCUAAACCCUCCAUUAUACAGCAGCUUGUUAGUUGAGGAGAGAGUGUAGUACCUGUGAGAGAGACUUGAGGGCAGUGCCACGUCGCUUUUCAUCUGUUCUAAUCUGCAAGAGCCAAUUUCCACUGUGGCAGGACUGUAAACAGAAGGAUUUGAGAUGGUACAGGUUUGAAGUGAAAGAUAAAUCGGUGAUUAAUCAAAAGGCAUGUUUUACAGUUAAGUUCCCAUUUUUUUAAACAAUUAUGUUUGUGCAUUUUACCUGUAACACUCUUCUUAAUUACUGAAGUAUUUUCUCUAAUAUCCAAGGACAUGUGUAUCUUAUCUAAGUAUAUCUGUGGUCAUAAUACUGUACAAGGGCCUUGAACUGUGAAUACUGGUGAAAAGAUGGGAAAAACUACCAAGUGGACAAAGUUAUGCUUCAGUCCACAUUUUACUUACGAAUGUAAAAGAAUUCCUUCUGCCCUAAAGAAAUAUAUUUUUCAAAAUAUAAGAUGGAAAUGAGAUUGUGGAAAAGUAUUGGCGAAUGCACAAUGGAAAAUAAAGUCUUUAAUGUUU